CCACUGAUUAUUCAUAAGAAGAAGAGACGUACCGGAGCGGUACUGGAAGAAACUCGUGAAUAAACUUAAAUAUUUGACACAUUCGUUGGUAGAAGCGGUGUUUUUUCGGACUGGGAGGUUAGAUAGGGGUGCUAAGCUGCUGUUCACGGUAGAGCGGCGGGUUAAGUGGCUGCAUUUCAGCUUUAACGUCGGACUGUGGUUAGUUAGCCUGCGGCUAACGGAGCUGCUAACCUCCUCGGUGUCUCCCUCCCGAUAUGGGCCGCGGAGACGGACCCACGAGGGACAGGACUCCUCUCGGACCUCCAGGGGAAGACGUACCUCCUUUCGAGAUGGGGCCGCCGGGCUGGGGCCCUCCUCCACCAGGAGGUUGGGGACCUCCGCCUCCCGGUGGUUGGGGACCACCGCCCCCAGACGGAUGGGGUCCAAGAGGCCCUCCGCUUCCAGACUGGGACCCUAGGGGACCCCCUCCUCCGGAAUGGCGUCGCCCUUAUGACUGGGGCCCAAGAGGUCCCCCACCUCCUGAUUGGGAUCCGAGACUUCCCCCACCCCCGGACUGGGACCCCAGAGGCCCCCCGACUCCUGACUGGGACCCCAGGGGUCCCCCUCCUCCAGGUUGGGGCCCCAGAGGCCCCCCACCCCCUGAAUGGGACCCCAGAGGCCCCCCUCCUCCAGCUUGGGGCCCAUAUCCUGAUGACUGGGUGCCUCCCCCAGACUGGCAGCGACCCCCGCAUUGGAGAGGCUGGGGUCCAGAGUGUCCUGACCCAUGGGGUCCGGGGGCCGUCUCACCUGUCCCUCCUGUUCCACCUGUCCCACCGGUCCUUCCACCUGGUCUACCCCCGCCCGGUCUACCCCCACCCGCUCCUAUUGGCAUCCCCCCUCCAGACCCUGCGGCCGUCCCGCCUGUCCCUCCUCCGGGCUGCAUGCCUCCAUUUGGGUUCCCGCCCCCCUUCUCGGCCCCGGUUUGGACUGCCGAGCCAGUGGUGGAGGAGCCGAUGCCCAACCCGCCGCCUGACCAACCGGAGUGGAUCAAGGCUCUUAUUUCUGCUCCACCUGGUGACUCGACUCCAGUUGAGACUAAAAAAGACUCUGACGCCCCCGCCGUCACCAAGGCCGCGCCCUCUGACCCCACCCCGGCUGCUGCCCCCACACCUCCCGCCGCCCCGAAGCCUGAGCCCAGGUACACGGCCAAGGCGCUGGGGCUGCUAGGAAAGCGGACCUUCGAGAGGCCUCCACCCGGCAGAUCCACGGGGAUCAUCUCCUUCGUCGGGCCAACGUUCGGCUCCAUCGAGAGGGAAGACCUGGAGAAGUUCCAGUUCAGCUUCGAUGUCUUCUUUGGGAACCCCAAUGCCCUGACGCCCGGCGUCCGGGUCCACUUCACGGCCUGCAAGGAGAAGAACCGGGCCGUGGCCACGGAUGUGAAAGUGGCUCCGGGGGGAACGGAGAACGUGGAUCCGGAGAUCUACGAAGCCGUGGUCAGCCAGGCCAUCGAGGAGCCGCAGCCCGGCGACCGGCAGUACCCCGGCCAGGUGCACGUCACCCUGGGCAUGGUGCGGACCAACCUGGCGUUUGAGAGGAAGGACAGCACAGUGACGCUGCUGAAGGACGAUCAGGUGCUCAUCAACGUUCUGACCGACAUCGUCACGGAGAAACGGCGAGCCACCAACAUCAGACCCAAGAUCCCCGCCACCUUCGGCUCCACCAGGGAGACCAGGGAGAAGGGUGUCAUUGUCAGUCUGAAGGAAAACGAAGGCGUCAUUCAGUCAGAAGAACACGGGGAGCUUCAGUUUGAGACCAGAGAGAACUUGAGUGAUGUGGACUUCACUGAGGAGGACAUCAAUGAGGAGGUGGAGUUCACGGUCCUGCCGCUGAGAGGGGGGAAGCGGGCCGUCAGGAUCAAACGAGUCAAAGAGCCCCUCCUCCUGACACUCUGUGGUGCCUCUAGCUCCGCCCCCGAGGAACUGGACAGCACCAAUGGGGAGAAGGUCUCUCUGGGCCACGACCGGACAAAGUCCAAGUCCAGGGAGGAGCUGGAGCCUCACAUGGUGCUGGACGCAGAGCUCUACGAGGGCAUCGUCAGCCAGACCAUCAUCGAGCCCAAGGAGACCGUUCCCGGAUAUCCGGGUCAGAUCGCCGCCAACAUUGGCCCCCUCAGGACCAACGUGACCUUUGACCACCGGGACUGUUCGGUGACUCUGCUGAAGAACGACCAUGUCCUGAUCAACCUGCUGAUCAACACCUUGACCAACAAGAGGCGGGCCGCCAACAUCCGGCCCAAAAUCCCCUUCACCUUCCGCUACACCAAGGAAGUCCGCGAGGAGGGAACCAUCGCCUCGCUGGGAGAGAAGGAGGGGGUCGUCAGCUCCACCAAGCACGGCGACUUGCCCUUUGACCUCUGCGAAAACUUCAGCGAUGCGGAGUUCGACUCUGACGAUGUGGGAAAAGACGUGGAGUUCACAGCGACCACGGAGAAAGCCGAGGUCAGAGCGAUCCGGCUACGGAGGAUGAGGAAGAGCAAGGCGGCCGAAGACAAGAUCCUGCAGGAGCAGAAAGCCCGCGAGCUGGAGGAGCGCCAGAGGAGGGAGGAGGAGCGCAGGCAGGAGGAGGAGGAGGCCGAGAGGAGGAGGAAGGAGGAGGCGGCUGCUGCUCUGGCAGCUGCCAAAGACAAGUGGACUCCGUUUGGCUUCAGGUACCGAGUCGCCGACUCCAUGCUGGAGGUCAGCAGGGAGCGCUUCCAGGGCACCGUGCUCAAAGCCAUCUGCAGGAGCCCUCCCAAGGAGCCGCGGGACGAGGACGAGGCCAAGCAGGAGGCGGAGCAGGAGGAGGCAAAGGAGGAGACGCAGGAGGCAGAUGUGAAGGAGGAGGAGGUGGCGGCGAAGGAGACGCAGCCGGUGCAGGAGGAGAAAGGAGGCACUGAGGUCAAGCAGGAGGAAACGGAGGACGGCGAGCAGCAGGAGGCGACGGGACUGACUGGGGGGAAGGAGAUGAAGCAGGAGGAGGAGGAGCAGCAGAUCGGGGCCCCCAGCCCGCCGGCCCCCGAGGUGGGUCGGUUGGUGAUGACCGUGGACGGCCGGCAGAAGCAACUGACCUUUGGCCCCAAUGACCUGCUGACCCUGGCCACCAUGCUGGUGGGAGACAAGGUCCGCUUCAGCCUGGCCACGCACCGCCUCACCAAGGAGGAGCGCGCCACCUUCAUCGAGAUCCUCCCCGACUCCUUCGAGGAGUCCACGGAGCAGCGGAUGCACGGCAUUGUGAUCGAGUUCUCUGAGAACUCUGGACUCAUCAAGUGUUCGGAGAGCCCUCAGCUGUUCUUCAAAAUGUCCGAGGUGGUGGAGAAGAAGAAGCUGGAGCUGAACGAGAAGGUGGAGUUCAGCGUCGUCCCGCAUCCGACAGCAGACGGCGGGAAGCAGGCCAUCAGGAUCAAACGCUUCACGGAGAAAGUUUUCCUCCCGGUUCGCAAACUGAGCGGCGUCGGAGCAACCAAAGGGAAGAUGACCAUCAAGUUGGCAAAACCCCCCGAUGGAGCUGAAAACCAGAAACCAGAGGCAGACAAACAGAAGGCCGUGUUUAAAACAAUAAAGAAGGACACCAGUGUCUCCCGCCACAAGUACCGUCGCAGCCGGAGCCGGAGUAAGGAGCGGAGCAAAAGUCGGAGUCCGUCCAAAGAUCAGUUUGGCCGCGUUGUGAAAAAGAGACGCAGCGCGAGCGUUGACCGAGAACGCAGCAGCAGGCACAGACGAAGCCGAGAGAGGUUGAGCAGGCGCAGCCGCAGUCACAGCGGCAGCCGCAGCAGGAGCCGCAGCAGGAGCCGCAGCAGAGAGAAAAGCUCCAAGAAGAGAAGCAGGUCCAGCAAAGAGCGGGAGGACAGCCACCGCAGAAGGCCGAGCCCGCCGCCACGGCGAGGCGUGGUGGUAGAUUCCGAGCUGGCGAGGAAGAAACGAGAGCUGGAGGAGCUUAACGAGAUGAUCGCCUAUAAGAAGUCUCUGGUUGACCCCAGGGGGCUGGAGCCUGGAGGCAGGACCUGCAUCGACUACGACCACGGCAGGAUCAGCAUGCCUCGCUCAAUUCUCAAGAAGCGCCCAGAAGAACCAGAUUACAUCCGGCCUCCCUAUGAUGACCCUUACUAUGACCGUCCGUACGGUCCGUUCCCAGGCCGCCGCUACGGCGACCCGUACCCUCACCCGUACGCAGACCGGCCGUACGCAGACCGACCAUUCGACAGCCGUCUCUAUGGUGACCCUCCCUAUGGCGGAGCCCCUUCUUCCAGCCAUCGCUACACUGACCGGUAUGACGUGUACAAUGAGCAUUACGACAGUCACUUCUACGACCCUGCGUACAUGGAACGCCCCUACGAUCCUUACCCACCGGUAAAACGAAGUAGAUCUCCAGAACCUCGUGGCUCUUCCCCACAUUCUCCACCUAGCCAAGAUGCCAACGUCUCUGCUAAACCCUUGACUCACUCAGUCUCCACUUUCAGACCUCCGUCUCCCAUCGACUCUCCUCCAAGAACACCUUCUCCCAAACGAAAGUUCACACCUCCCCCGCUGUCCCCACCGGCUCAGAAACCCCCUCUGCACCGAUUCCUUGACAUGCUCAACAAGAAGGCAGUUGCUGAGAAGAGCUCAGAACCGUUGGAUGUUACAGAUGACCUCCUGCCUCAUGAGCGAGCCCUUCAGGAUGGCAAAGGCUUCUCUCGGAUUGUAGGUCUGGCUCAAGAGCACCCCAGCAGCACUCUGGUCCACGAAGUGGCGAUCAAGCAGCCAAACUCCAAUCAACCCUCAGUGGAGAAAACGGGUGAUUGCCAGAAACCAGAACCCUACGAUAAGAUACAAAGUCUGCUGCGUUCAAUUGGCCUCAAGCUGAGCUCUGGAGAGGUUUCCAAACUGGCCAAUAAAGCUCAGGAGAAAACCUUGAGCUUUAAGUCGUCAUCGAUGGAAAGAGAGACGUUUCCUAAGGAAGAGUUGCGGAGCGGCAGGACUGGUUCUGUGGAAAUGGAUCAUAUCCAUUCUCCCUCUCCUGCUAGAUCUUCCAGCAUUGAACCGCUCAGCAAUCAGAAGCCGGCCGUUUCGGAGUAUGAGAAAUUCUUUGACCAACAUGAGUUUGAAGUGCGAAAGAAGGUGCAACAUCUGCAGAGCCAUAACAAGACGACGGGGAGCGCACCACCCACCAUAUCCUCUCCAAAGCCUCCUCCAGGGCCGCCUCCUGCCCACUACCAGCACCCAACCCCCCCACACAACUGGCCUUUUGGUAUCACCACCACAGCCCACGGCCCUGAUGCCCCAGCUGCAGCCGCCCAGGCCCACCCCAGGCUGCUGCGUCCCCCAGGCCCUCCACCGGGGCCUCCUCCACGGCGCCAAGCACAGCACCCUCCUGGUCCUCCGCCCCAGCGCCCGGCCGCACUGCCUCCUUUCACGACAGCCUCCACUCAUACGGUUCUUCCCUUCAUUGGCCAAGCCAGUCCCACUUCAGCCGCCAGUGGGGCCGCCUCCUCACAGCCCGCACUCACUCCCACCAUGUCACCAGUAACCUCAAGUCCUUCAAGCUGCGACCAGUCGCCCAUGUCUACCACGGUGGUGCGCUGCUUGAACCUGAUUGAGACUGUAAAGUCUCUGAGCACCCCGCCAUCAGCCAAACCUGUUAAAUCUGUCCAGUUCAGCUUACCUUCAGUGUCGUUCAGCAGCUCGCCGCCCUCACUGGAGACAGACGACGACAUCAAGGCCAAGCAGAAGGAGAAGCUGGAUUUGUAUAAUCAGAGGCUUCUGGAGAAGAGGGAACAGGAGUACAAAGAGAGACUUACCCUCAGGAGACAAGGAGAGAGGAGCAAAGAGGGUCCGCCGGUCCCGGCAGGUAAACCAAUCAGUAGCGAGCCCAAGAACGUUUGGAUCUGUGGCCAUUCACUUGUGUACUGGGCCGAGUCGCGGGCCAAGUCUCCAGAGGUAGGUAUGCAGCUGGGCAUGGACCCCAACAAGGUGACCAUCUGGUGGAAGGGUAUCCAGGGCAUGACCUGGUCCCAGCUGUUGCCCCAGCUCCACCAGCUGAAGAUCACCUGGCCCAACCCGGACGCCCUGAUCGUUCACCUGGGAGGGAACGACCUGAGCACCGAGAGCCCCACUAACCUGCUGGCCUCCGUCAAGAAGGACAUGGCCUCCAUACGGAGCAUCUUCCCACACUGCCUCCUGGUGUGGUCCGACAUCCUCCCUCGCCGGGUGUGGCGUCACUCGCCAGACAGCUAUGAAGUGGAUCUGGUUCGCACCACUGUGAACCGCAGAAUCCACAGCAUUGUGUCGGAUCUGGGCGGCAUCUCGGUGAACCAUGACAACAUCCGGUGCGGCACCAACACGGGGCUGUACCGGGGCGACGGUAUCCACCUGUCGCCUAAAGGCAUUGAUGUUUUCAACCUGAACCUGCAGGAGUUUCUGGAGAAGUGGGAGCUGGAGGUGAACGCCCAGAAGGCUCCAGGGGUGUAGGCGUUAUUCUUUCUUUCACGGUUCUUAUGUCCCCCAGUAGCUAGCUAGUUGAGAUGAAUCUAAUUGAUGCUCCAUAAGGGCAGUUAUGUUGUAGUUUGACAGUAGAACCGUUUCAUUGUCAGCUGAAAUAUCCCAUCAUUAAUUUUAUGUAAUUUUCAGCAGAUGUCCACAGAUGAUACUGAUGUUUCCUCUGCAGGAAGUCUUCUGGUUUCCUUGUAAAACUGAAUAAAAGCAUUUAAUCAAGUUUCUCAAUGAAAUAAGUUUGUAGAAAAUGUAAAUAAAAACGGUUUUGAAUUGGUG